GACCGACCGGCGCAAAGUCACCGGAACGAAACGCCCUUAAGAGUGUAUAGCCCGCGAGCAUCUCGCACCAGUGCGAGUCGAUCAUUCGAGCGCGCAACAUCUGAUCUGAGUAGAAUAGCUGGGACCGAUCGCAGCGAAUCACCCGGACGCACCGGAUUUUUUUUUGAGUGACAAAAGUGUACCAGUGUGAAGUGGAAGUGUCGCAUCAGAACAUUUUAAGCAAGCCAUGAAGCCUACUACCAGCUCGAUCGCUUUGCUGAUCCUCGUGAUCGUACAGUGCACUCUGGCCAGCCCAGUACCUCAAUUUCUCACCUUCCGCGAUGGGAAGUUUGGCGUCAACUUUGGCGGCUACCAUGCGGAGGCCGGUUUGGGCGGUCUGCUGACGGGCAACAGCGCACACGGUGGUUUGUCUGCUUCGGCCGGCACGCCCCACGGUCAGCAGGCCGGUGCCGGCAUCGGCGGACUGCUCGGCGGCAACGAACGGACCGCGGGCGGAGCGUACGCAGGAGCGACGGCCGGACAUGGCGUUGGAGCUAGUGCUGCCAUCGGCGGUGGACUCGAUGGUGCAGGUGGUGCUGGAGGGGCCGGAGCCGAAUCGCAUGCCGGAGGAGUGAGCAAAAAGGUCGUCCGACUGGGCCAAACGAACCAGGGUGCUCCACCAACGGAGGAAACCGGAGCUCACCAUCAAGGAAACUUUGAGCGUAUCGACGAUCAUCACGUGAAAGAGGUGCACACCGAGCUGAGAGCGCCAGCACCGCAGCCUGCCCCGGAACACUCCUUCCGCAAGACGAUCUACAAGAAGAAAGUGAUAAGCCACCCGCAUAAGGUCGUCGUACACGAAACACAUCACACCGGAGGGCCUCCACCACUCGAUCUUACUCGAUUCUUCGACUUCCAAUCAUUCACCAACUUGGGGGCACAGUUUGCUCAUCCGGCACCUCUGCCACCACCACCACCACCACCAGCGGCACCGAUCGUACAAAAGACGUUUGUGAAGGAAGUGUCCUAUCAGCCGAUCCAAACCCCUACAUACCAUAAAGAGAUUCACACUCGCAUCGAUUCGUCCAACGGGCAUAGCGGUGGACACAGUGGUGCAUCCUCCAGCACGCACGUCGUUGCAAGCUCGACCCACAAUUCAAACUUCUGGAACGAUAUCUUCAACAUUCCAAUCUCUACCCUGACCGCGGUUAAUCAGCUUUUGAACAACAAGGCCGGCAGUGGAAGUCUGCACGUGGAAAAACGCAUAGAGCAUCAUUAAAUGUACCGCUCUGAGGAUGGUGCAUGAUCAGUACUUUUUGGACUACUUGUGUCAAGUAAAAUGGUCUUCACAUUAAAUACACGUUACAAAAGAGUAACAAAAAAUAA